CUCCUCCCGAGCAUGGGUGCGUGUUUGUAUCUGUGACACCAGCUCUCGAGGACAAACCGGAGCACUUUGCAGCCCCCCAGCCAUGCCUGGGUUUCACCUGAGAAGCCUGGUAAUUUCAACCCUGAAGAAUUGUUAGCCAUGUCACCAGUCAAGUCCCAAGGUAGAAUAAAUGCCACAAAGCAGAGGGCAGGAAAUCAACAGAAAAAAAUGAGACAGAAUCUUUCCAGACCGCCUCAGUCUCCCUCUAAAGUGCCUAAUGGAAAACAAAAAGUUAGAGGGAAUUCACCAAUUCCUGAGUACAGAAAGACAGAUAAGGUGAAGAGCAGUGGAAGGAAUAAAGCAGAUCCAAGUAAAAAGAGAAGUCCAGAACCACAGAAACAAGCGGAAAGCACGGUAGGAAACGGAAUAACUGUAAAUCGUGAAAAGGGUCAACAUAACAAAGAUAGUAAGACAGGAAUAAACAAGACAACUAAACUUAAACCUCCACUAAAAGCAGCCCCAACCAUACAAGGGAGGAUCAACAACAACCUCCCCACCAAGCCUGAGAACAAGAGAAGUGACAAAGUGACAGAGAGUGAGGAGGAGGAAUCAGAGAGCGAUGCAGGAAGCUCAGAGGAGGUGACGGAAGAGGAAACUAGUAACGAUGAGAAAGAGGAGGAGCAGGGCAGUAACACAGAGCCAUCUGAGACACAUGGGAGUGAGGAGAGCAGUGAGGAGGAGGCUGAGGAGGCAUCGGAUACUCAAAGAGAUACAGGACAGACAGCAAGCGAGGGAUCGGACAGAGAGCUUUCAGAGGAAGUCAAAUCCAGAAGUGAACCGGCCACUUCCAGUGAAGAAGAAGAAGAGGAAAACCACAAGGAAGUUGAAGUAUUUGAGGCGGUCAUCAGGGAUGUGGUUGAAGACAGGGCGAUAACCCAGGACACAUCUGAAAAGCCACCAGCUGAUACAGCCUGCAGACGACGCAGACAAACUCCCCGUCCCUCGAAGCCUGCACAAGCACCAAAAUACAAGAUGUUUAAAAAAACAAAAGCAGAUAAGCAGGCAGAGAAGGCUGAGAAACAGAGAGCCAAAGCAGAGAAGCAGAGGUUAGAAAAGGAAGCCAAACAAAAAGCCAAGGAAGAAAAAAAGAACAAAAAGAAACAACAAAAAGAGGACAAACCAAGUUCUACAACAGAGGAGACUCAACCAACAAAAGAUCCUCCCACCAACAAAGAAGAUGAAAAUAUAAAUGAGAAAGAUGCUCCUGUAGAGGCAGAUCCAGAUGAGGUAGAGGAGGAGAAGGCUGAACCAAUACUGACCAAAGCCAUCAAAGGCCAAAACCGAAUAAUGCUUCUCAAAGCCAAAGGUAAGGAUCUCAAAGCCAUUCUGGAGCCUGAGGAGCAGCAGGACGCUGGAAGUACCGUCAAAGGGCGGCCACAGGGAUUGCUCUUGGGGAAGGUCAAGAUGGCGUCUCUCCGAAACAAAGCAAAUAAGAUGCUAACGAAGCCUGACGAGGAAACAUCAGAGAGUGAAGCCACUGAUGGAGCGUCCAGCAAACCCAAGGAAUGUUUGAUAGUGCGAAGAAAAGGUAUGACCACUCUUCGUCGAGUGUCCGGUUGGAUUCAGAAAAAUGUGCCACGGGGGUUGAAUAUGAGAAAGAAGCUUUCUGCUUGGACUAAAGCCAUCGGGAUCUCCCACUGGCUUUCCCUUCGAUCAAUAAAACAGAAGCAAGGCCCCAGAAAAUCUAAGGGCAAUAUCCUCAAACACAGGAUGGCCAUGAGAGUUGCCAGUAAAACCAGCUUGGCUGGUAAAAAUAGAAGGUCCUCUGUGGACAAAAUGGGGAAAGAGAAUGCCAGCCUUCAGGAAAAGGAAGAGGAGGGAGGGGAGGAAGCAGUCCCAGUUGGAGAGAAAGAGGUAGAGGCCAAAUAUGCUGUGGUACUCCCCAGGAUGAACAAACUGGGAAAGGCAAAGACAGCAGAGGUGCCCCAAGCAGCUCCUGGAUCUUCUACUCCAUCAAGUACCACUGGACCAUCAGGAGAACCCACUACAUCACAGCCCAAACCCCCAAAACCAGGUGCCAGGCUUGUGCUCCCUGUAAAACCAGAUCUCAGCCUCCUGAAGUCCAUCAAGAAGUCCUUGCCUGGAGGGUUACAGUCAGGUGCAGAUGUGGCAGAGAGGAGCCCUGGCUCCAGUGGUACACCAGAGGGACCAUCCAGCACCGAGGAUAGAAACAGGAGACAUGCCCACAACAAUCAAGAUGGAGUCAGUGUGCUACUGGCUGCAAGAGGGAAACUGAACCCCUCCCAGAUCAACCUGACCAAGAUGUCCUUGUCAGGGCCGACUCGGGCCAAGGGACCAGAUUCAGAAAGCGAGGCUGCAGCUGGGAUUCCCAGGUCCACCACUCAGCCCUUUCCAAAUGGGGAGGCAAAUGCUGUGAUGCCUGGUGUCCGGUCCCUGUAUGAAGAAGAGGCAGACAGGGAAGUAGCCCAGUUGAUGGGUGAGGGGGGAAUGUAUGCCAUCACCCAACCAGAAGUGCACUGGGCUGGGAACCCAAGGAUGAGUGGAGACCCUCAGGACUGGUUGCGUGCUGAGAACCUGCUGCCCCACCAGACAGUGGAGAAGCUAACCAAGUGGACAGUCUAUGAUGAUGAGGGCCAGGCCAGGACCAUUCCUGCCCACAAUGGGAGGGGCCCCUGGGAAUCAGAUGACCCCACCCAGGAGAUGCUGGAGAGUCGUCUGGUCUGCACACAGAUGGUGAUGCCUGGCAGCAAAAGAACUGUAGAGGUGGAUGAGGUGGAGGAUCUGUCUCAGCUGGAAGAGGUGUGUGAGAGCUCUGUGCUUCUGAAUCUGAAGAAGAGGUUCCAACGUGACUGUAUUUAUACUUACAUUGGAAACAUGCUGCUGUCCAUUAACCCCUUCAAGCCCCUUAACAUCUACACAGAGGAGCUGAGACAGAAAUACCAGGGCAAAGAGCAGUGGAGAAACCCACCCCAUGUGUAUGCCAUAGCCGAUGUCGCUUUCAGUCACUCUCAAGCCUCCACACAGGAGCAGUGCAUCAUCAUAAGUGGCCAGAGUGGUUCAGGAAAGACUGAAGCUACUAAGCUGAUAGUCCACUACCUCAGCUCUAUGUAUCAGGGCAGAAAAGACAACCUGCGACAGCCCAUGGAGGUCUUUCCCAUCCUGGAGAGUUUUGGGAAUGCCAAGACCAUUCUCAACAACAACUCCAGCCGCUUUGGCAAGUACCUCCAUAUCCACAUUCUCCAUGGGGUUGUUGUAGGGACCUCGCUGUCCAAAUAUCUCCUUGAGAAAUCCAGAGUUGUCUUUCAGGCCAAUGAGGAGAGGAACUACCAUGUGUUCUAUGAGCUGCUGGAAGGUAUGAACGACUGGGACAAACAGGAGCUCUACCUGCAAGGAGCCGAGACCUAUUACUACCUUAACCAAGGUGGUGCCUGUGAAUUGAAGGGGAAGCAGGACAAGCAGGACUUCCAGCUUUUGGUUCAGUGCUUUGAGACCAUUGGUCUGCAUGCUGACCAGAUCUCCACCAUCUGGGCCAUCCUCUCCUCUAUCCUGCAGCUCGGCAAUGUCUGCUUCAGCUCCUAUGAGAGCGAGUCAUUUGAGGUGGCUCGAAUCUUCAGCGAGGCUGAGGUCAGGAGGGUUGGCUCCUUGUUGCAGAUUUCCUCUGAGGCCCUGCAGACUGUCAUCACUCACAGAGUCACGGAGACAACCUAUGACAGGAUAUACUGCCCUCUGUCUGUGGAAAGUGCCAUAGAAUACAGAGAUGCCAUUGCCAAAGCCUUAUACUCAGUGCUGUUUGACUGGUUGUUAGAGCAGAUCAAUGACUGGCUGAGCCCCACAGAGAUGGACAGCACAGUGGGCAUAGUUGACAUUUACGGGUUUGAGGACCUGGGAGUGAACAGCUUUGAGCAGCUGUGUAUCAACUUUGCCAAUGAGCAGCUGCAGCACUUUGUCACCAAGGCAGUGAUCUCCCAGGAGCAGGAGGAGUAUAGUGCAGAGCAGAUCCAGUGGUAUCCGAUGCCAAUCAAGAACUUCCACUCCUGUCUUGAGCUGAUCUCCUCCAGACCACACGGCAUUCUCCGCAUACUGGACGAUCAGACCUGCCUCCCGCAGGCCACUGACCACACCUUCCUCCAGAAGUGCCACUACCACCAUGGGAACAGCCCCUACUAUGCCAAACCCAAGAACCCAAUGCCAGUCUUCACUGUCUAUCACUACGCUGGGGCUGUCACUUAUCAGGUUCAUAAUUUCCUGAAUAAGAACCACGACCAGUUCAGGACAGAAGUGGUGGAGCUUUUUGCCAGGAGUCGCUUAAAGAUGGUGUCGGAGCUGUUCCGCAAGGUUCAGGAUGCUUACAUUCAGCAGAGAGAGCUGGGCUGGAGAGGGAGGGGCCUCCGCCAGCAGCCCUCUACCGCUGCCUCACACUUCCUUCAGUCCCUGACUGAACUCACCACCCGUCUGGAGAGAUGCAAAACUACUUUUAUUCGUUGUCUGAAGCCAAACUACGUCAAGCUUCCUGGGAUCUUCGAUGUAGACUAUGUGUCGGCCCAGCUAAGGCAUGCUGGGAUGAUGGAGACCAUCCACAUCAGGAAAGAGGGUUUCCCUGUACGGAUACAGUACUCCUACUUCAUGGAAAGAUACGGGGUGCUGCUGAGCCAGCGGCUGCCCGAGGUGUCAGACAGAGAGCAGUCGGUGGCUCUGCUGGACAUGGUUGGUGCAGAGGAGGGACAGUACCAGCUGGGACUCACCAAGCUGUUCCUCAAGGAGCUUCUGUACCAGCAGCUGGAGGAGAAGUGGAGCAGCACCCAGACCUGGGCUGCCAUCACCAUCCAGAGGAACAUCAGAGGCUUCCUCUGCAGGAGGAACUUCAGGUUCUUCAAACAGAAAGCCAUCAUCAUCCAGAGCCACAUCAGAGGACACCAGGCCAGGAAGUACUACAAGCGUCUGAGGCAGUCCUUCACUCAGUUCUGGGCAGUGAUGAUGAUAACCAGGGACACCAUCAAGAGACGCCACUGGAGGAAGGUAGAUAUGAGAGAGGGAGAGAGAGAGAGAGAUCGCCACUGCAGAGAAUUUCACGAGAAGAACAAAGUGAAGGCAGUGACAAAGACUAAGUCUGUCUCUCCAGCAAUGGAUGUGGGGAUGUUGGAGAUCCCUGCUGAACUGUCAGCCAGACUCCGCAGUGCAGCAGGGCAGCAGCAUGGGUCAGGGGUCACAGAGAUGGCACCUCCACAGGUGAAGGCAGAACACAAGCUCACCCUGCCUCAGGAUAUCGACAGAUACCCAUUCUCUCGCUAUGCCAAAUCCAUCUUAAAGGACACAUGGUGCCAGCCUCAGGAAUACCCCCUCCAGAGAUCCCUCACCCCUCUGGAGCCUGAAGAUGCCAGAACUGCCCUAGAGAUUUACAAAUUGAUCAUGCGGUUUACAGGUGAGUCAGACCUCAGUGGCUGGCAGGAGCAGAUGCUGGGUAACUAUAUAGUGGAGAGGGGUCAGAGCCGCCCGGCUUUGAGGGACGAGAUCCUUGCCCAGCUGGUUUAUCACACAUGGGGCCUGCAGGAGGAGCAGCACAGUCUGAGGGGUUGGCUCCUGCUGGCCUGCUGCCUCAGUGCAUUCACCCCUUCACCAACACUGGACAAACCCCUACUCAAGUAUGUGUCUGACCAAGGUCCAGGGGAAUACCGCUCACUGUGCCAACAUAAACUGCUGACAUCUCUGCAGCUCCCAGCGCCCACUGCCCGCAUCUACCCCCCCACCCAGCUGGAGUGGACCAGCAACCAGAGAAAGGGCACCAUGCUGCUGGACGUACACACCUUCAACGAUGAGAAGCUGACAACUGAAGUGGAGUCAUGGACCACAGGAGAACAGCUGGCCUCAUGGCUUCUUCAUUUCAGAGGUGUGUCAGAGGCUGUGCAGGGCUGGUCGGUGUCUCUUCUGACCGAUGACGGCUGGUCAGAUCUGGCUGGCUCGGACUUUGUCAUGGAUCUUCUAGCUGGAGCUGAAGCUGAAGUGCUGCCACCACCAGGAACCCCCUCCUCUACAAACUCUGACUACCUGUUCGGCAGCCAGGGAGACAGGAUGACAUUUACAGAUCUGGAUGACUUCAUUCCACCAGCACCUCCCAUGCAAGCUCCUGGGCUGCCUCCUUUUGAGGGAAACCCCUGGGGAAAAGCUUAUCCACAGGAAGGCCGUGGUCGACAGAUCGAUGCAUAUGUUGAUGACUUGUUUGACCCUGUACUGGACCAAGGACCUCCGGACAUGGAAAGAGUAGCCAUGCUAAACAGCAGGAUGAAAGGAGGAGGAGGGAUUGGACCCAUGUAUGGAACUGGUAUGCCCAUGACAAUGCCAAGCUAUCCUAUGGGAAUGCCAGUAAAUCCUGCAAUGCCCAGCUUUGGUGCAACUCCCAUGAUGCCAACCAUGCCAGCCAUGCCAGCCAUGCCAACAAUGCCAGCCAUGAUGAUGCCUCAGACUCCCAUGGCUGACCCCAUGCAGAUGGCAGCAUCACAGCAGGCCCUCAUCAACCAACAGGCCUUUCUCAUGGCCCAGCAGAUGACCCUGCAGGCGAUGAGUUUGUCCCAGCAGCAGACGCAGGAGCAGCAGAGGAAGCUGCAGGAGCAGGAGAAAAAGCAGGAAGAGGAUAGGCAGCGGAGACGUCGUUUCGAGCCACGGCCCAAGGAACGCUCACCCUCCCCUUCCCCUUCCCCUCGAUCUCCCUCACCCCCACCUGCUCGUCCCAAAGCAUUGGCACCUAAACGCACCUCCAGCCGCAGACAGCCUGAGCCAGAGCCAGAAAGAGAAGUGGACUUACCAGAUCCAGAUGACCUUCAGUCUUUCAGAGACAAGCAGGAAUACUUCAGAAAGAUUGGCUUUCAGCCCCAAGGUGGAUCAAAACCCCAAAUGCCUCAUCCAGCCCCCUCCAGCCCACCUAGACAGCAGCAACGCUCCCCGCCAUUACCCCCACCUACAGCACCUAAGCCUCCUGUGAAGCGUCUCAACACCCCUCCUGCCAGAAAAGUGGAGCCCCCAAAACCAAUACCUACUCCAACUCCUCUCACUGAGCCUAAGCCUGAACCCACCUCCAGCAUUCGGGAUAUCAUCAAACAGUUUAACAGCCGACCCCAACCAGAAGCCAAACCCUUUGAGCCUGUCAGACCUCCGCCACGGAAUUUUAUAAAGAAGAAUGAUCCCAAAGAGGAAGCUCUGGCCAAACUCAGAAACAAAGCUCCAGUGCCACAACAACAGAAACAGUGGGUGCCUCCACCAGUAAAACCUAAGAGGCAGCAACCUCCUCCCAGGACUCCAUCCCCACAGCCCUCUCCUCCCUCCACCAGGGGGCCCCGGGUCAUCUCCAACAGCAUGAGGCAGAAACAGCGCUCCCUGGAGGACCUGUUUGGCUCGCAGCGCUCCAUGAACCAUCCGCCUCCACCCCCAGACUCCCCACCACCACCUCUGCAACCAACACCCAUCCUUCAGGACAUCCCAGACCCACCAUCCAUGGCUGCCCCAUCUCUCGCUGUGAUGCUAGAUGUGGAUGGUAUUCACUCCCAGCUCCUCCGCUUCUCUGCUGGGGUUUACUUCUCUUACUCCAACAUGCCGGGAAAACUGUUCCUGAGGAAAGAAGUGUUUUACCCCAGAGAGAUGUUCAACCGGCCCUACAUCCUCAAUCUGUUAUGUGAGCAGAUUAUGAGGGACACCUACUCUGACAGCUGUGUGAGGAUUAGCAGAGAGGAAAGGAGGAAGAUGAAGGACCUGCUGGCUAAUUUCAAUGUGGGAAUGACUAUAAGCACCAUCCAGAAUGACAAUAUGAAGAAGAGGAUUGUCAUUGCCGCUCGAGACAACUGGGAAAACUACUUUACCCGCCUGUUCCCUGUGAAGCCAGACACUGGGGAUUCUCAGGUCUUGGGUGUGUGUCAUCGUGGCAUUCGUCUCCUGAAGAUGGUCAGAGCAUCAGGCAUCAACCCCAAACACCUGCGUCCACUCAGAAGCUACAGUUUUGCAGAGUUGCUGUCAGUUGAGCUCCAGGGUGCAGACAAAGUGGAGCUGGAGCUGAAGAAUGAGAAGUUGGUGCUGCAGUCUUCCAGAGCUCCUCAGAUGACUGCCAUGAUCCGAUUCUUCCUCCAGGAGCUCAUCAGGGACUCAGGCCAUGUGGUUGCCCUGAAGAGUUACAUGACAGAUGACAAAAGUCUACUCAGCUUCAGUAAGGGUGAUGUCAUCAAACUGCUGCCAAUGGAAGGACAACAGGCAGGCUGGUGUUUUGGCACCUUGGGAGGGCGUUCUGGUCUUUUCCCAGAGGACUUCACCCAGCCGUCUGCUGCCCCAGACUACCACUGUCUACACCUUGACCGAAGAGAUGACAGGAGGAAAAGCAUGAGGGGUGCUACAUCUGUCAGUGCACCCAAGGGCCCGUCUCCAGGUCCCAUCAGCAAAGAGGCCACAGUCCCUGGAUCAGGCCAGAGGUCAGGCCAAGCCUCAAUUCAGAGCUCAGUCCAUGAGUUGGAGAUCCUGUCGGGUAUGACCGAGUUUGCCAUCAAGUACUUCAGAGUGGGGACCACAGGUCUGCCAGCAAGUGGAAGGAAUUUUUCAGAGGCAGUUCAACACACAGAGAGUCUCAUACAGGAGUCCCUAAUUCUCUACAAUGAUCCUGAAAUCAAUGAUUUAUCUGUCCAGUGCUUCAUGAACAUGAUGCAGUUCAUGGGUGACAUGCCAAUGAAGAAGAAUAACACCCAGUCAGACUGCCUGAGUGACAUCUUACUGUUAGGGAAUGAGAAGGAGCUGCUGAGAGAUGAAAUCUACUGCCAGGUCAUCAAGCAAACCACCAACAACCCAACAAAAUCUAGCUGUACUCUCGGCUGGCGGCUGCUCAACCUGGUGACCGGGUUCUUCCCUUGCUCUGGUACUCUGCAGCCCUAUGUCACACGUCACCUACACGACAUCUCUCAGGACUACGAACACCCAUACCAAGAGCUGGCGUGUGUGUGUCAGGAUAACCUUCAGCGAUCUGUCAGUUUUGGUGGUCGCCGUAACAUCCCCUCACAAGUAGAGAUGGAGGCCAUUCUGGCCGGCAAAACUUCUCGCCGUAUUCCUAUCAAGUUGCCAGGAGGGGUGGAUUUCCCCAUCAAGAUACGCAGCUCCAGUUUGGCAGCAGAGGUGGUAACAGAGCUCUGUAAAGAAAUGGGAAUCUCAGAUCUCACAGAAAUCAGAGAGUUCUCCAUCUUUGCCAUCCGAAGUCACGAUGGGAUGGUGCGUCCACUCCAUAGUGAGGAGUAUCUGUUCGACUUCCUGCUGGAUGAUGGCUCCAUCUCCUUUUCCCUGCGAAGAGUGAUAUGGAGAAGCCCUCUGUCCUUUAACAGUGACCUCUAUGUGGAGUUCCACUACCAGCAGCUCCUGGGUGACUACCUGAGUGGGCGGCUGAUUUUUGCUCCAGCUCCGGGUGGUUCCUCAUCAGUCCAGCAGAUAGCAGAGCUGUCAGCCCUGCAGCAUCUGGCUCAGGGACUGAACGAUCAGCCCUCACUGCCAGAGAUUAAGGAGUACCUGCCCCCACAGGACGGGCUCAGCAGUAAAGUCGAAGAGAUCCACUCCUUCUGUCUGGGCCAGAUAGCUGCCAUGCACUCCCUCAGCCCUCAAGACGCCAAAAUACAAUUCAUUGAGUUCCUGAGCACCCUGCCUCUGUUUGGCUCCAGCACUUUCUUGGCCAAGAAGGUCAGUCAACGCGGCUGUCCCUCCCCAUGCAUGGUCAACAUUAGCCAGGAGGGGGUGCUGUUCCUUCACCCCAAAACACAGGAGCGAGUGUUUCUGAUUCCUCUGGCAGAUGUGCAGUCCAUGCGCACCAUCCGCCCCAAGAAACAAAGCAAAGUGCCAUCUAUGGAUAUCGACUAUGGCAAUCCAAGCCGACCCAAAAAAGUCACCAUUCAUCUCAAAGAGGCUAAGGAGUUGUGCCACAUCCUUGCUCUGAUAAUAGAAGAGCUGAUCCGGCCAUCAGUCACCAGCUCCAUUUCAAGUCGCCAGUAGACAGACAGACAGACAGACAGACACACACACACACACACACACACACACACAAUAUUGACGUUUUUUGCUGAUCACUGUCUUCUUUAACCAACUUUGUGUUUACCAUUUUUUGUUAAUUUAUCUUUUUCUCUGUGUAACUUCAUGGAUCGUGUGUCACCGAUAAAAUAGACUGAAUAGAAACAUGCAUAUGCACACACAUUGCUGAACGUCUCUGCGGUGUUAUGUUAUCUGAGAGGAAAUGAGCUGACAUAAUUACUCAUCUGAUCAAAGAACAGAAAUGAAUGCAGGAAAGAUUCAAGUCAUUUACUCAUCAUUAUUAUUAUGUGAAUAAACCAAUGCCUUAAAGUGAUUCUUUUUGUGCAUUAAAAUUCUAUGACAUAAUCGCUGAAAUGUAAAGUUUGUUAAUCAGUAUUGGAAGUUUAUGUUUUGAUGAUGUCAUGUUAUAUAAGUGAAUAAUUUAUAAGCAUUAAAAAAUAUGUUGAUUAUUUAAUCUGA